UGUUAUGUCAUUUUUUAUUAUAAUUCUAAUAGUAGUCAUUGAAAAUGUGCCCUUUUUGAGUAACUGCCCCCGCCGCCUCAAAAUGCUUCCGGCGCUCCGGCUCACGAUAGAUAGAUAUUUGCGCAAAGGACCCCAAAGAGAAGGAUAAAGUAGCGUCCAAUCGUUUUGCUCUUGUGCUAUUCCAGGUUAUUGUCUGAAUACGAUUUGGCACAGGUGAGUAGGUUUUCAGUAGAUCUUGUGGUCUUGUGGAAUCAUAUCGUUAAAGCAUGGUUGAAGAAAUUAUUGUUUCUACUUCAUUGGGCUGGCAAACUUCCUCUGGAUGCUUAUACUUGAGAUAAACUGCGGUUCCUGACGCUUGGUCAAUGAGAUACUUUUGGUGAAACUCCUUAAGCCACAUUGACAUCAAUGAAUUGAUAUUCGAGUAGCUUUUGAAGAAAAGAUACUUUAUGGUUCUAAAGGUACAUCGGGGAAACAUUGGGAAGCAGGAAUGCACCAAUUGACAGCCAAUUAGAGGAUCCUGCAAUACAACAUUCGAAUCGGAAGAUAUCGUUCAUUCUCUGAUCGUCACUUUUGCACCAACGAUGGUUUGGAGCGAUUUUCUAAAAUGGGUCAGAAGAGAGAGAAGUUCAACGGAUGAAUAUGCAUAUGAGUCGCUUCCUGAUAACAAGUUGACAGUUGAGGAAAUUCUUGAGCUAGCAGGUUUUGGAAAAUUCCAAUUUAAAUUAUUAUUCAUAGUAGGAAUCCGAGUUUUCGCUCAUGGCUGUAGCUUUGCACUGAUGACUGUCGUGAGUACAUCCAUGCAAUGCGAGUGGAGUUUGUCGAAUUUCGAAAAAGCACUAAUAACGGCAUCGUUUUUUGCUGGCUUUGCUUUGGGCAGUUUUGCUGGUGGCAUCUUUGCCGAUAAAUACGGCAGACUUAAAACAAUGUUGCUAGCUUACUCACUGAGUGCGUUCUAUUCAACUCUUAGUUCUUUAUCGCCGUCAUUUUUCUGGAUGUUGGCAUUGCGUUUCAUGUUUGGCAUUUAUGUCGGUGGAGUAUCACUCGGAUACUUGUUUCUGAUCGAAUUCAUGCCAAAGAGGUAUCGUCGAUGCGUGACCAGCAUGGACCUCUUCUUUGGAUUCGGAAUCGUUUGCAUCGCCUUGCAAGGUGCUACUAUUCUACAUGACAUCAACUGGAGGUAUUUUAUUGUCAUUGCUGAAGCAUUGCCUCUCCUUUUGGCAUCGAUGUGUGCAUUACUUGUACCUGAAUCCCCGAGGUAUUUGAUUUCUGUAGGCAGAACUGCUGAAGCCGAAAAGAUUUUCAAUCAAAUUCUACGAGAGAAUCGCUCUCAGUGCAAAGGGGUCAAGCUCAAACAAGCCAGCUUCGUUCGUUCUUCUGAAGAAAAUGGUCGACUGUGUGCGCUGUUCUCAGGCAGAUAUCUCCUGUAUACUGCUUGUUUCGCAUUCAUAUGGUUCUCCGUCUCAAUGGGUCAAGUUGGCACGCUUUAUUUGACAACCGAGUAUUAUCACAUCCCCAGUGGCAUGUGCGCGAAAACCCAGGAUAGCCCCGGUCAACUGGAGGAUCCAAUCGCUUGUUUAUAUUGCAAAACAUUGUCUUGGACCGACUAUAUGAAUCUUAUGGUUACUGGCCUCGGAGGAAUUCCUGCAUUUAUAAUUUCCUACAUCACUAUGGAGAAAGUCGGACGGAGGCUCACUGUUAGAGGGCUGCUGUUAUUGAUUCUAGUGAUGUCAAGCAUUUUAGUUUUCUGUUUGCCUCAUUGGGCGUUAGUUAUAAGUUUCGUAGUUGCCUAUACAAGUGGCUAUACAUGUCACCUUGUAUUGCAAGUAUAUGUAUCUGAGGUUUACCCCACUUACUUUAGGGGUGUGGCAAACGGCUUCAUAAAAAUCUUCAGCAGGUCUGGUCAUAUCGUAGGAGCCUUUUAUGCGCAGUAUUUUAUGAAAAUGAACUUCAUUAUUUCGUUAAGCACCUUUUGUAGCUUGACUUUCAUAGCUUGCUUGUUAACUUUCGUAAUAACACAAGAGACGAACGGCAAGGAUCUGAAUGACACGGAUGAAGCAUGCAUGGAUGAAGGAGAAGAAAUGCAUUUAGUGACAGAAGAUGAAGAUCAGGAGAGUGGAUAGUCUAUGAAACAUGUAGAUUUUUAGAUUGGUUUAAGCUAUUGUGAAUUUGUAAAUCAUUAGAAUUGGUAGCAAGAUUAAUCAUUAUCUUCUUUAAGUAUAUAAGAAGGCUUUCAGGUACUAGUAGAAUUGCUUUAGGUGCAUAUUAAUUAGAAAACACAUAGAAGCUUAAAUUUUUCUUUAUAUAAUGGGAAAUUUUUGAUUUUAAAGGCCCUGUUGGAAACUCGCAGGUUAGGAGAUCAAUAAGAAACAAGAGGAUUCUUUGGAUGGCAAUUAUGAGGAUUAGCUUCCUAAUCUUCAUGCAAAGAAGAAGAAGGGCCGAGCACGUGCUUGCACUGAGCGGCUUGCAAUCAGGUAUUAAUCCGAACGAAAAGUUCAAAAAACGAAAAAAUUACAGGGACGUAAAUUGACAGUUUGUUUUGGAGGGUAAGGGUACGAAAUUUCCCACUUACAAUAAGCCAAUUGAAAUUUUGUACUUAAAUUGCACUAUGCCUUUACUUAAAGAACCUCAAAGAAAUACUUGUCGGUCAUUUCCUUUCUGAAUUGAGAACAUUUGCAGCAUUAGCAUUAUUUACAUU